CUACGUUUUGACCGGUUCUUACAGCAACCUAUUCCAUGUUUUCGAUCGUCAUACGCAGGCUGACUGGCUUUACGAUUUAAAUGACGUCCAGGUUAUCUCUCCAUCUUCGGAACCACCUCCUGCUUCGCCCUUAUCUCCUACCUUAACUCACUCUUACGUCUCUACCUCCAUUCCAGACAACAACAGCAACUCUUGCAUACCAAAUUCCUCUCGGUUGAUGUCACUUUAUCAGCAGUCACAUUCCCAGCCUCAGGAAGCUAAUUCGUCUUUCUCACCAGUUCGCCUUAAACCGAAACAGUUCAUCUCGCCUGAUAGUCAACUUGGUAUAUAUCUUGGAGUCGGCUCAGUUUAUGUAGCCGACUGCCCACCCUUUCAGUCCGAAAGACGAGUAUCAUUUACGCAGCCUGGAAACACCUUUUUAGAUAGUUCGACACAACCCCCUGGUAAUGGAGAAGAUUUGGUCUCUGGAAAACUCACUAGUCCUGAUCGCAAUGAAGAGUCAUCUGUGACACCGGGCUGUAAGAGAAGAAGCCCAAGGACAGAGAUAAUUGGUGGGCAACUUAACAAUAGACCUGAAGGAACCUCAGGUAGACCCAAACAGCGUCGCAGUCGACGAAAGGAUCGCCACGUGCCUUUAGGUUUCGAUGGUAUUUCCAGUGACGUUAACGUUGGUUUGGAAGAUGAGACUAGUUUGCAGUGUCGUAGUGAAGACAUGGUUCCCUCUCAUGAAAGCAACGGCAGCGACCCUCGACUUCUGCAACAGCUGAAUGAUGUUCUCAUGUCUGGAGGAAGAAAGAGCUUACUCCGUUUCUCCAAAAUGUCUCAAAGGCCAGCCAAUGGAUUAACCAGCGACUUUGAUAUAGAGGAUGGCGAUGAAGAAGAGGAUGAUGACGAUGAAAAUAAUUUAUUUGAGCACAAAGUUCCUGUUCCUCCUACAGGGCUUCGUGAGCUUGACUAUCACUGCAAACUACUUCACGUAGCCUGGCACCCGCGACGUCGUAUGAUAGCAGCCGUUUCAGGAAGCCAACUGUUCUUGGUUGCAGGAACUAUGGAUGACAUUCCUUCAUCAAUUCCUGUUUCUCCUACAAAAGUAACCUCGUCGACUUCGAAUACAAUUUCCGACACUACAGGUGUUGACGACAGACUAGCAUCACCUCCGAUUUGUCCUAUUUCAACCAAGAUUCCAAUUAUUGGGGUUGCAGAAUCACGGCUGUUAAACAACCUAACCUUCGAGACAGACAAAACAAUCGUUGGUAGUCUAAAUAGUGAAAUUGUAGAAAGCGCUUGUGCCAUUGAUACUGAUAAUUCUGAUAAUAAUUUUUGUAAUUCAGAGGAGUUUGCGAAAGCUAGUGACAGUCAUCUUCGACUGCCCAACAAAUCCUCAAAUACUGCA